AUGCUUACUGAAUUGGAAUUAUUUUUAAUUGAACAAACAAAAAUUUCAAUUGAAGAUACAAAUUUGAAUGAAGAAAAAACUAAAAGAAUACUGAAGGGACAUGAUGUUGAUAAAUUGGAGAAUUUAAUUUGUUCGAUUUUGGAAUCUAAACAGUUGAGACAAGAAUUAUUCAAAACAACUUUUCGACCAGCCUUGGGACAUCUACUUUCUUUACUUUUGGAUACCUUUGGAUGUUCUCAAAUUGAUAUUCAAAUUCGGUUUCUGAUUAUUUUUUUUAAUUUUUAA